CGGAAACAUGGCGGCGGGAAGGGAGUGAACCGCCCCGCUACCCGCGCCGCCGCCGCCGCCGCCGCAGAUCUCUCCAUUGUUCUAAGGAAAAAUGAUUUUGUAUUUGGUAUAACUGAUGGUGCCAUCCAAAAGUCAGAUCCUUGAAAAGCAAAUGUUUGCCAACCUCUGCUUUAGGAGAUGGGUUUUGAAUGGAGAUAUGAAAUAAAGAGGAAUAUGAAUUUGUGAAGUAUGACUGUACAUCAUAAUGCAGUGAAAACUAGCCGAAGUCAUGGAGAAAUUAACAUACAGAGAAACUGAUUUGUCAGAGGUCAGAGUAAGGUAUUGGAGGAUCCAGGGAUAAAUCCCAGACUUCUUAACUGCUUGAUCAGCUUUUAGUCCAUUGACUAUGCAGCCUAGUGACUGGAGUGAUAUCAGAAAACAUAAAUAUGGUCACCUAUCAGAGUCUCCAUCCCAGUGUCAAGAAGCUGCUGCUAUCCUGGAGUUAGGUCAUUUUACCUGGGACAAAUACCUAAAAGAAACAUGUUCAGUCCCAGCACCUGUCCAUUGCUUCAAGCAGUCCUACACACCUCCAAGCAACGAAUUCAAGAUCAGCAUGAAAUUGGAAGCACAGGACCCCAGGAACACCACCUCCACCUGUAUUGCCACAGUAGUUGGACUGACAGGUGCCCGCCUUCGCUUGCGCCUUGACGGCAGUGACAAUAAGAAUGACUUCUGGCGACUGGUUGACUCAGCUGAAAUCCAGCCUAUUGGGAAUUGUGAGAAGAAUGGGGGUAUGCUGCAGCCCCCUCUGGGAUUUCGAUUGAAUGCUUCCUCUUGGCCCAUGUUCCUUUUGAAGACACUAAAUGGAGCAGAGAUGGCUCCCAUCAGGAUUUUCCAUAAGGAGCCACCAUCGCCUUCCCACAACUUCUUCAAAAUGGGCAUGAAGCUAGAAGCUGUGGACAGGAAGAACCCUCAUUUCAUUUGCCCAGCCACUAUUGGGGAAGUUCGGGGCUCGGAGGUGCUUGUCACUUUUGAUGGGUGGCGAGGGGCCUUUGACUACUGGUGCCGCUUUGAUUCCCGAGACAUCUUCCCCGUGGGCUGGUGUUCCUUGACUGGAGACAACCUACAGCCGCCUGGCACCAAAGUUGUGAUUCCAAAGAAUCCCUACCCUGCGUCUGAUGUGAACACUGAGAAGCCCAGCAUCCACAGCAGCACCAAAACUGUCUUGGACCAUCAACCAGGGCAGAGGGGGCGUAAACCAGGAAAGAAGCGGGGCCGGACACCCAAGACCCUAAUUCCCCAUCCCAUCUCUACCCCAUCCAAGUCAGCUGAACCUUUGAAAUUCCCAAAGAAGAGAGGUCCCAAACCUGGCAGUAAGAGGAAACCUCGGACUUUGCUGAACCCACCACCCAGCUCACCAACAACCAGCACCCCUGAACCGGAUACCAGCACUGUACCCCAAGAUGCUGCCACCAUCCCCAGCUCAGCCAUGCAGGCCCCCACAGUUUGUAUCUACUUGAACAAGAACGGCAGCACAGGCCCCCACUUAGAUAAGAAGAAGGUCCAGCAGCUCCCUGACCAUUUUGGGCCCGCCCGUGCCUCGGUGGUGCUGCAACAGGCUGUCCAGGCUUGCAUUGACUGUGCUCAUCACCAGAAAACUGUCUUCAGCUUCCUCAAACAAGGCCAUGGUGGCGAGGUUAUCUCAGCCGUGUUUGACCGAGAGCAGCAUACUCUCAAUCUUCCAGCAGUCAACAGCAUCACCUACGUCCUCCGCUUCCUGGAGAAACUCUGCCACAACCUUCGUAGUGACAAUCUGUUUGGCAACCAGCCCUUUACACAGACUCAUUUGUCACUCACUGCCACAGAAUACAGCCAUAGCCACGACAGGUACCUACCAGGUGAAACCUUUGUCCUGGGAAACAAUCUGGCCCGGUCCUUGGAGCCACACUCAGACUCAAUGGACUCUGCCCUGAAUCCCACCAGCCUUGUCAGCACCUCCCAAACUCUACGAACUCCUGGGUACCGGCCCUUGCUUCCUUCCUGUGGCUUCCCAUCCAGCACUGCCUUAGCCAUGCGCAGGUUGUGCUCCAGAGGAGUGUUAAAACGAUCAAAUGAAAGAAGGGCUAUGGAACCAUUUUGGAAGUUAAACCAUUCCCCAGGGUCGGACCGAUACCUGGAAAGCCGGGAUGCUUCUCGACCGAGUGGCCGGGACCCCUCCUCGUGGACAGUGGAGGACGUGAUGCAGUUUGUCCGGGAAGCUGACCCUCAGCUUGGACCCCACGCUGACCUCUUUCGCAAACAUGAGAUCGAUGGCAAGGCCCUGCUCCUGCUGCGCAGUGACGUGAUGAUGAAGUACAUGGGUCUGAAACUGGGGCCUGCACUCAAGCUCUCCUACCACAUUGACCGGCUGAAGCAGGGCAAGUUCUGAGCGGGGCAGCGGAGAUCAAGUCUCCCUGGAGGAAGGGCCGGCCGCCGCCCCAGGCCUCAGCACACCAGAGGCCGUGUGACGCCACCACUGCCGGCCCCCUGCCACCGGCCGUCCUUCUGUGAAGGGCGAGGAGGGGAGAGCAUGGGGCCCGGGGCCGGCGCCACUCUCCUCAGCCCUGCUGCAUCUCUCUGGUCUCUAUUUAUUUCUCAGGCCGGGCUGGCCUCUCAUCCGGAGUUUCGACUGAACACUUCCAAAUGUGGUAGGAAGAGACCAGCCCUGGGGCUUUGGAAGACAGGCCCUGGAAUGACACCUGUGCCCAUGCCCUGACCACCUCCUAGGCUUGGUGUGGCACACUGUUGCCCCACAGCUCCUGCCUUCUCACCAGACUCCCCAACUCUGAACUCAUGGUGCGAACCUCUACCUUAAAAAGUCGUAUUGCUAAUUUAUUGUUUCUGGCCCUUGGCCAAACCCUCUAGGUAAUACUCCUCCUACACCAGACGCUGGGUUUCGGGAAGAGGGAGACUGCUGUGCUCUGGUCCCAGAGCCCUCUCCAGAUAGGCAUGGGCCUCGCAGAGGGCACUCCUGAGGGCACUUUCUCUUUGGAAUGGAUAACCCUGUAAGGCCCUGACCACGCCGGUCAGCAAGGGAGGAGAGGGUCCCUGUCACCUGCCCUUCUCUCUCACCAGUGGCCCCUUUGUGGCCCCAAGCCUCAUCUGUGGGCAUGGAAGCCCCUUGCUUCGUACAGUCUCUACACAGCUCCUUGCCCUGGCCAGAAUUGCUGCCGAAGACUGGGCCUGAUGAUCUUAGGCCAAGGAGGUCCUAUGGUAGAUGGGAGGGAAGGGUCCCCAGGCUGAGUCGGUGCCAUCCACUCCACCACCCUUGUGCUUUUUUGUGAACCAGUCAGCAGCCAUCUGGACUGAUUUUAUGUCGGUUUGUUUAUAAAUAAAAACCAAUAUAGAUGCCAGUGUCGUCUUCAUCGGCUGACAGCCAAAUCACUGUGCA